AUGCUUCGCCUCGCUAGAAAAGGACUUACACAAAGUGCUCUUCGAGCAUACGCAAAAGAUGUGAAAUUCGGUGGAGAAGGACGGCAAGCAAUGCUCGUUGGAGUUAACCUUUUGGCUGAUGCCGUUUCGGUCACCAUGGGACCAAAAGUGAGUAGUUUUCUUCUUUGGGCAUAUGUUUUGAGCUCUAAAUGAUUUUUUUCUGCAAAAAUUCUCUAAAACGUGAAAUAAUUUCUCAAAAAAAUUCUAAUCUUUUUCAGGGAAGAAACGUGAUCAUUGAGCAAUCUUGGGGAUCGCCAAAAAUCACAAAAGACGGAGUCACUGUUGCCAAAUCGAUUGAUCUUAAAGACAAAUAUCAAAACUUGGGAGCUAAGCUGAUUCAAGAUGUUGCCAACAAAGCCAACGAGGAGGCUGGAGAUGGAACAACUUGUGCAACAGUUCUCGCAAGAGCUAUCGCCAAAGAAGGAUUCGAAAGCAUUCGUCAAGGUGGAAACGCUGUUGAGAUUCGUCGUGGAGUUUUGACCGCUGUCGAAAUCGUUGUUGCUGAAUUGAAAAGUCUCAGCAAACCAGUCACCACUCCAGAAGAGAUUGCUCAAGUCGCCACAAUCUCCGCCAAUGGUGAUACUGUUGUUGGAACUCUUAUCUCUGACGCCAUGAAGAAAGUCGGAAACAAGGGAGUCAUCACUGUCAAGGAUGGAAAAACUUUGACUGACGAGUUGGAACUUAUCGAAGGAAUGAAAUUCGAUCGUGGAUACAUUUCCCCAUACUUUAUCACUUCUGCUAAAGGAGCUAAAGUCGAAUACGAGAAAGCGCUCGUUUUAUUGAGCGAGAAGAAGAUCAGCCAAGUUCAAGAUAUUGUUCCAGCUCUUGAACUCGCCAACAAACUUCGUAGACCACUUGUUAUCAUUGCUGAAGAUGUUGAUGGAGAAGCCCUCACAACUUUGGUUCUCAAUAGACUCAAGGUACGUUUUCUGUUCUAUGAUGUGUUUUCUAGAACACUGGUCCUGGGAGUUUGACCAAAAAUUGGUCAAUUUUUGGUCAAAAAAAUUUUGAACAAAAAUUGACCAAAAAUGCACCAAAAAAAUUUUCACCAUUUUUUGGUCAAUUUUUCAACUUUUUCCCACCAAUUUUUCACCAUUUUUUGAUCAUUUUUCCCAACUUUUUUCAAAUCAAAAACACAUUUUUUUCACAAAAAUUUAUUGAAAAGAACAAAAAAGAAACAAAAAAUGGUUCUAACUGUUAGGAAUCUGCUUAUAUUAUGAACUUUAAUUUUCAUUGAAAAACAUUUUUAGCUAAUUAGAGAAAAGAGUUGGAGGCUUGUGCUCGGAAGAAUGUAAAUUUUGCCCUAAGAAAGUCAAUUUUAGAGCAAUCGCAGACUCCUAACAGUUUGUGAACCUUACAAACAAUAAAAAUUGCAUCAGUUUCGACUAAUACUUCUGCUUUCUCUGCACCAGCAGAAAGAGCAGUGUCAACUUGUUCCUUGAUUUGCUCACGUCCUUUUUCUGACAAUUUAUCCGGAUUACCAUAUUGUUCCUCGUCGAUUGAAUCGUUGUUGGCAUCACCUUCUUCUACGGUUGGCAAUUAGUCACUGCAUUUGAGAAAACUUGAUCUUCAAGUUAUCCAAAGGGCUUGUCCAUAGUAGAAGUAAGGUUCAAAUGAUUGUUCGCUGUCGUCUCCGAAGAGUUUACCACUGAAAUGCAUAGAAAUAGAAAAUGUAUGAAAAUUUCAAAACUUACACAAGUUGAGAAGCCAAACUCAAGAGAUCAGCAGCCAUGCUGAAUUCGCUUGUCAACAAAUAUCGCUUUCCAGAUGUCAAGUUGUUCUUCAAUUAUGUAGUCCUGGAAAUAAGAACCAACUUUGAUUAAAAUUCUUCAGAAGAAAAAACUGACUUUUCCUCGGCAGUGAGCUCUUUGGUGGCAGCGGUGGAAGUUUUAUCAGUAGUUGGACUCGAGUUGCUUCUUCAGUAGUGGUGGUCUUGACAUUUUCAACUGGAACAGUGGUUUCUCCGGUCAUUGUGUUGGUAGUCUCAGCAAGAGCAGUAGUCAUUCUUUCUUGGUUAGUAGUUUCUAAAAACAGCAGAAAUAUCAAUACUGCGAAAUAAGAUCGAUAAGAAUCGAAUUUUAAAACCCCGACGGCCGUCUACCGGCUGUUGAGACACUUCUGAUUGUAACAUAGAAACUCAUGCAAAUGUUGCUGGAAACUUGUCAAAUUGAGAAACAGCCCCGUUCUGAUAAAAAUCUAAAACUCAAAAACCAAUUUUUGUUUUUGGCCUAAAUUCAAGUUUAAUAUGUGAAUUUCAAAGUUCUGGUAAAACUUGCUGCUAGAUCCUAGUCGGGGAACAAGUUUUAUAUCUUAUUAGCAGUCGUGAACAAUCAAUUUCUCUAUAAGUAGGGCAACACACAAAAAAACGAAAAAAAAGAAAAAAUUUGGUGGCGUGCAUUUCGUCCGAGAGAAGUACGCACACACAUUUCGCUGCAGGACCACAUUGCAUAAAUAUGUGCGCCUUUAAUCUAUUGUUUUCGCGCACCAAUUAGUAGUGUUUGGUGAUAAAUAGUUUGCACCAUUCGAUUCAGAAUUUCACGCUGAGUAAAAUGAUAUAAAAAUCAUCUCUAUGCGUGGAAGUUUUUGAGUUCACGUUUUUGGGAAAAAAUGCACGAUUUUUGGAACACUGGUGUUAUUUCUUUCGAAGCUGAUGGCUAUCACAACAAUAUUCUUUCGAAAAAUAAUGGAAAUUAUUGCCCCUGAACACAAUACUUCUGAUUUCUCUGAGCCCUUGUUCUUGAUAAAUUAAGGAUCGAUCAAUACAACUGAUAGAUUCGAGAUAGGUCUCUGCUUGGUAAAAAUAGCUCCAAGAUAAGUCAAAACUGAUUUUAUUUGAAGAUUUGGGGCUGAAAUUUGCGCCAAUGGUGAAAUUGGUGUGAGUGGCGCCAAAAUUCACCAAACGAAGUAUUUUACUCCUAUUUAUUGAUUCAUCAGUAGAAAAACAACAAAAUUCAUCAACCUAACUUCACCAAAAGCCGCAAAACGACAUGUCUGCCCAACAACAUUAAGAUUUUCGAAAUUUUUCACAAUUAAAAUUUUCACUGAUUUUUGGCCAAAUUUCUACCAAUUUUUUGGCCAAUUUCUGACCAUAUUUUGGCCAAUAAAUUUUUUUGAUCAAUUUUUGGUCAAAAUUCGACCAAUUUUCGUUUUUGGCCAAAAUUUGGUCAAUUUUUGGUCAACCUCCCAGGACCAGUGAAAAAAAUUGAUAAACUUGUUAUUCGAACAAAAAACGAUGCUAUCUUAUCAAAGGUCGCAAUAGUAGUAAUAAUAAAAUAGAAUAACCUCGUGGUUAUGUUGAUAAAAAAUUCACUGAGAAAAAAGGGAAACAAACUAUUGAGCAACAUUUUAAAAAUAAACAUUUCUAGGUUGGACUCCAAGUUGUUGCUGUCAAGGCUCCAGGAUUCGGAGAUAACCGCAAAAACACCUUGAAGGAUAUGGCCAUUUCCACCGGAGCCACAAUCUUUGGUGAUGAUUCAAACCUCAUUAAAAUCGAAGAUAUCUCUGCCAACGAUUUGGGAGAAGUUGACGAGGUUUCAAUCACCAAGGACGACACACUUUUGUUGCGCGGACGUGGAGAUCCAAAAGAAGUUGAGAAGAGAAUCGAACAAAUUGGUGACGAGAUCGAACAAUCAACCAGCGAUUAUGAAAAGGAGAAAUUGAAUGAGCGACUUGCCAAGCUUUCGCGAGGUGUUGCUGUUCUCAAAAUCGGAGGAGCUUCAGAAGUCGAAGUUGGAGAGAAGAAAGAUCGUGUAACUGAUGCUCUUUGCGCUACUCGUGCCGCUGUUGAAGAAGGAAUUGUUCCAGGAGGAGGUGUUGCUCUUUUGAGAUCAUUGAAUGCUCUUAAAGCCCACAAGGCUGCUAACGAGGAUCAACAAAUCGGUAUCAACAUUGUUAAGAAGGCUCUUGUUCAACCAAUCUCGACUAUUGUUAGAAAUGCUGGCUUGGAACCAUCAUCGAUUGUUGAUGAAGUUCUUUCGAACACCAACCCAGCUUAUGGUUAUGAUGCUUUGAACUCGAAAUUCGUUAAUAUGUUUGAAGCUGGAAUUAUUGAUCCAACCAAGGUAAGAACGACUGAAAUUUUGUUUUUCUAACCGAAUUUUGACAACAAAUUCUGAAAUUCCAAUUUUUAGAAUUGUUUGUUCUGAUUCAAAAAACUUUAAAAAUUUAUGUAAAAAAUCUGUAAAAUGUCGGAAUUCUUAUUCUGAAAAGAAAAUCAUCAGAAAUAUGCUUUAUUUGGUGUCCAAAAACGUGGAUUUUCACAUCCAUGACGUGGAAUUUCAGAAAAUAACUUCUAAUUUUCAGGUCGUCCGAACUGCUCUCCAAGACGCCUCGGGAGUCGCCUCACUUCUCGCCACCACCGAAUGUGUCGUCACCGAAUUGCCAAAGGAAGAUCCAGUUCCAGCCGCCGGUGGAAUGGGCGGUAUGGGAGGAAUGGGUGGAAUGGGAGGCAUGGGAUUCUAA